AUGGCCAAGUUUCAAUCCUCAAUCAUGCUAUUCUUAGCGCAUCUCAUUCUGCUCCUGGGUCUUCCGACGGCAUUGGUGGGCGCUGUCCCAGUGACCCCGGUCUCCAACGAACUUGAGGUUUCCAAGCGGGCCUCAUCCAGCUUCUGGAUGGCCAAUAUCAAGCGCCAGGGUGUCGCUCCCUUCAACAGCAACCCCAAGUACCAGGUUUUCCGUAACGUGAAGGAUUUCGGCGCCAAGGGUGACGGCUCUACCGAUGAUACUGCCGCAAUUAACAAGGCCAUCUCCUCUGGCGACCGCUGUGGCAAGGGCUGUGACUCUUCUACCACUACGCCGGCUAUCGUCUACUUCCCACCUGGUACCUAUGUCGUUUCCAAGCCUAUCGUUCAGUACUACUACACUCAGAUCGUUGGAGAUGCUGUCGAGCUCCCCGUUAUUAAGGCUGCCGCCGCUUUCGCUGGCAUGGCUGUCAUUGACGCCGACCCAUACGAGGACAAUGGUGAUAAUUGGUUCACCAACCAGAACAACUUCUUCCGCGCUAUUCGUAACUUGGAGAUCGAUCUUACUGCUAUGCCGAAGGGCUCUGGUGCUGGUAUCCACUGGCAGGUGGGACAGGCAACAAGUCUUCAAAACAUCAAGUUCAACAUGGUCAAGGGUGGCGGCGAUGCGAACAAGCAGCAGGGUAUCUUCAUGGACAACGGUUCCGGUGGUUUUAUGUCCGACCUGACCUUCAAUGGUGGUAACUACGGCAUGUUCCUUGGAAACCAGCAGUUCACUACUCGCAACCUGACCUUCAAUGACUGCAACACCGCUAUCUUCAUGAACUGGAACUGGGCAUGGACCUUCAAGUCUGUUACCAUCAACAAUUGCGACGUCGGUUUGAACAUGUCUACUUCACCUUCUAACCAGACCGUCGGUUCCGUCAUGAUGCUCGACAGCAAGCUGACCAACACCCCCAUUGGAAUCGUCACUGCCUGGUCUCAGAAGAGCAUUCCCGUCGGUGGUGGUACUCUCGUCUUGGAUAAUGUCGACUUCUCUGGCUCCAAGAUCGCUGUCGCUGGUGUUGAUGGCAAGAAGAUUUUGGCUGGUGGCUCUGUCGUCCCAAAUUGGGUCCAGGGUAACACCUACGCCCCAUCCUCCGGUGUCAGUAAGCGUGCCGUCGAGGCCGAUGAAGAUGUUAUUACCGUGACCAAGACUGUUAUGCACACUGUCGAGGCUUGCCCCGCCAGCUAUGGCUCACAGACCACUCUUGCCUCCAACAGUGUGCCUGUCGGAGAGAGCACCUCCCAUGUUACCCCUGUUCUCCCUACUGGCACCGACAGUGCAGACCGAUCCAUCGCUUCAGUUCCUACAGUGUCCAUUCCCGACGUUAACAGCAGCUGGCUCGAGUCUAUCCUGGGAUCUACUGGUAGCCCCAACACUCAGGCUCAAAACGCCCAGCCCACCACCACGAAGCAACUUACACUCGUUGAGUCCAGCGAGAGCGAGGCAACUGCAGUCCCCACAGGCACUACAACCGAAGCUCACGCCACUCAUUCCGCAUCAGCCUCGCAUGCUGUCAACUCUGGCUCGGGCACUGUUGAAAGCACCGGCACCUGCGCUGCCAACCAAGCCGUAGAGUCCGUUCGCACCCAAACCACCCGCGAUGGCUCGAACAAGCCUUCCGACCUCCUGGUAGACGGCGCUGUUUUCGAGAAGUCCAAGCCCCUCUACGAGGAUCUUCCCGCCUCCUCCUUCAUCAGCGUCAAGUCCGCCGGUGCCAAGGGUGACGGUUCUACUGACGACACCAAGAUCAUCCAGAAGAUCCUCGACAGCGCCACCAUCGACCAAGUCGUCUACUUCGACCACGGUGCCUACGUGAUCACCGACACUAUCAAGGUUCCAAAGGACAUCAAGAUCACCGGUGAAAUCUGGCCCAUGAUCAUGGCCCACGGCGACAAGUUCUCCGACCAAGAAAACCCCAUUCCCGCCAUCCAAAUCGGUCAAAAGGGCGAGUCCGGCUCCGUCGAGAUGUCCGACCUCGUAAUCAUGACCAAGGGCUCCGCCCCAGGCGCCAUCCUAAUGGAAUGGAACGUCGCUGCCUCUUCCCAAGGCUCAGCCGGUAUGUGGGACGUCCACUUCCGCAUCGGUGGUGCCGCCGGCUCCGGUCUCCAAAGCGAUACCUGCCACAAGACACCUAAGGUCAAAACAACCCCUAAGUCCGAAUGUAUCGCCGCUUUCAUGCUUCUGCACGUUACCGAGAAGGCAAGCGCAUACCUCGAGAACACCUGGAUGUGGACAGCAGAUCACGAGCUCGAUCUCGCCGACCACGCACAGAUCAACGUUUUCACCGGUCGUGGAAUCCUCAUUGAGUCCCAAGGUCCCGUCUGGCUAUGGGGUACCGCAUCCGAGCACCACCAGCUAUACAACUACCAGGUUUCGAACGCGAAGAACGUCUUCAUGGGUCUCAUCCAAACCGAGACACCAUACUACCAGUCUAAUCCAAGUGCUCUUACACCAUUUACUCCUCAACCUAAGAAGUGGAAUGACCCCGACUUCUCAACAUGUACCACUGCCUCGUGCCGCAAGUCCUGGGGUCUAAGAGUUAUCAACUCGUCGGAUCUCUUUGUCUACGGCGCCGGAUUGUACAGUUUCUUUGAGAACUAUGCGCAAACCUGCCUUAACUCCGAGGAUUGUCAGGAGAAUAUAGUUGAGGUUGAUUGUUCUGAUGUUCACAUUUAUGGUCUUAGUACCAAGGCAGCUGUUAACAUGGUUACCUCUUCGAACGGGAAGAGCAUGGUUCCUCAACUUCCGAACCAAAGUAAUUACUGUUCGACCAUUGCGUUGUUCGAGCAGACUGUCUAA